AAAUUGCAGAAGGCCUAUUCUAGGGAGGAGCAGGAAGAGGGCUAGGCCCUCCUAUUUUCUCCGUGCACGUGCACGGAGGCCUCUUCUGCCUGUCACCCCCUUCCCUCAACCCUCUGAGGUUGAAUCUUCACCUGUAGGGUAACUUGCUGGCCACAAGGAGCUAGCUCCUGUCUGCCUUCCUCCAGAGUGUGUCUGUCCUGCAGGGCCCAGCAUGGACCAAUCUGUGGCUAUCCAGGAGACCCUGGCUGCAGGAGAAUAUUGCAUCAUCGCGGUGCAAGGUGUGCUGUGUGAGGGAGACAGCCGGCAGAGCCGCCUCCUGGGGCUGGUGCGGUACCGCCUGGAGCACGGAGGCCAGGAACACGCCCUCUUCCUGUAUACACAUCGGAGGAUGGCCAUUACCGGGGAAGAUGUCUCUUUGGACCAAAUAGUGCCGGUCUCUCGGGAUUUUACGCUGGAAGAAGGUGCCACAGGGAUGGGUGUGUCCCCAGAUGGUGAAAUCUACAUUCUUGGUUCAGAUGUGACUGUCCAGCUGGACACAGCAGACCUCAGCCUCUUAUUCCAGCUACCCUUUGGUUCACACACCAGAACAUUCCUCCAAGAAGUUGCCAGGGCCUGUUCAGGCUUCCACCCCACGACCCGGGAUCCUCAGUUCCUAUGGCUGUCUCAACACAGGUGCAACAAGCCAGAGCCUAAGGAGCCCAUGCCACGUGGUUGGAACCUAGGUGGUUCUCACUUAGAAGAUUCGAAGCCCAAUGGGAAAGGUCCACUUGUUGAUCAGAGCUCCUGGAGUCAAGAGAAGUUAGAAACCAUGCUUCCAAGACAGAGUAUAUCUAAGUCUGAGAUGACCGACAUGGUUCGCUCCUCCACGAUCACAGUAUCAGACAAGGCUCAUAUUUUAUCAGUGCAAAAGUUUGGCCUGAGAGAUACCAUCGUGAAGUCACAGCUAGUGCAGAGGGAAGAGGAUUAUACCUAUGUCCAGAAUUUCAGGUUUUUUGUGGGAACAUACAAUGUGAAUGGCCAAUCCCCUAAAGAAUGCCUCCGGCCCUGGCUCAGCCAUGGUAUCCAGCCUCCUGAUGUAUAUUGUAUAGGGUUCCAGGAGCUUGAUUUAAGUAAGGAAGCCUUUUUCUUCCAUGACACCCCAAAAGAAGAAGAGUGGUUUAAAGCUGUCUCAGAUGCUCUUCAUCCAGAUGCUAAAUAUGCAAAGGUGAAGCUCAUCAGACUGGUUGGCAUUAUGUUGCUGUUAUAUGUCAAACAGGAACAUGCAGCACAUAUUUCUGAUGUGGAGGCUGAGACUGUGGGGACAGGAAUCAUGGGGAGGAUGGGUAAUAAAGGAGGAGUGGCCAUCAGGUUCCAGCUCCACAAUACCAGCAUCUGCGUUGUGAACUCUCACCUGGCAGCCCACACAGAAGAGUAUGAACGGAGGAACCAGGACUAUAAGGACAUUUGUUCCCGAAUGCAGUUUUAUCAGGUUGACCCAAGCCUCCCCCCGCUCACCAUCAACAAGCACGAUGUGAUCUUGUGGCUGGGGGACCUCAACUACAGGAUAGAAGAGCUGGAUGUGGAAAAAGUGAAAAAGCUCAUCGAAGAGAAGUCCUUUCAAAUCCUGUAUACAUAUGAUCAGCUGAAAAAUCAGGUGGCUGCAAAGGCUGUUUUUGAGGGAUUCACAGAGGGUGAGCUCACAUUCCAGCCCACCUAUAAGUACGACACUGGCUCCAAUGACUGGGAUACCAGUGAGAAGUGCCGUGCUCCUGCCUGGUGUGACCGAAUCCUUUGGAAAGGGAAGAACAUCACUCAGCUCAGUUACCAGAGCCACAUGGCCCUAAAGACCAGUGACCACAAGCCUGUCAGCUCUGUGUUUGACAUUGGGGUGAGGGUCGUAAAUGAAGAGCUUUAUCGGAAGACCCUGGAGGAGAUUGUUCGCUCCCUGGAUAAGAUGGAAAACGCCAACAUUCCUUCUGUGUCUCUCUCCAAGCGAGAGUUUUGUUUUCAGAAUGUGAAGUACAUGGAAUUACAAGUGCAGUCAUUUACAAUUCAUAAUGGACAAGUACCCUGUCAGUUUGAAUUCAUCAACAAGCCUCAUGAAGACUCAUAUUGUAAGCAGUGGCUGAGUGCCAAUCCCAGCAGAGGGUUUCUCUUCCCAGAUUCUGCCAUUGAUAUAAAUUUGGAGUUGUUUGUAAAUAAGAAUUCAGCUACAAAGCUCAACUCUGGUGAAGACAAAAUUGAGGACAUUCUGGUUUUGCACUUGGAUAGGGGAAAGGACUAUUUUUUAUCUGUGUCUGGUAACUACCUGCCUAGUUGUUUUGGAUCUCCCAUCCAUACAUUGUGCUACAUGAAGGAGCCAAUCUUGGAUCUGCCUCUUGAAACAAUUAGGGAUCUGACACUAAUGCCACUUCGGACUGAAGAUGGUGAGAGUUCUUUGGAGAAACCCCUGGAAAUCCCCAAAGAGCUCUGGAUGAUGGUUGAUUACUUAUACCGAAAUGCUAUCCAUCAGGAAGAUCUGUUUCAGCAGCCAGGCCUGAGGUCAGACUUUCAGAAGGUCAGGGACUGUUUGGAUAAGGGAACAGUCGAUGACCUCUCUGCUAGUAAUCAUUCUGUAGCUGAAGCCUUGCUGCUUUUCCUGGAGAGCCUGCCAGAGCCUGUCAUCUGUUACAGCGCCUACCAUAACUGCUUGGAGUGUUCUGGCAACUACACAGCAAGUAAACAGGUCAUUUCUACUCUCCCCUCAUUUCACAGAAAUGUCUUCAACUACUUGAUGGCAUUUUUACAAGAAUUGCUAAAAAAUUCGUCAAAAAAUCAUUUGGAUGAAAAUAUUCUAGCUAGCAUAUUUGGCAGCUUACUGCUUCGAAACCCAGCUGGUCACCAAAAACUUGAAAUGGUAGAAAAGAAGAAAGCACAAGAGUUUAUUCACCAGUACCUCUGCAACUCCUCCUGAGCUUCUCUGUUUCCUCUCCUGAUUUGCCAGAAGGAGUCAAUUGCCAGCCCCACUUAUUUCAGCUCAAGCACUGCCUUAAGAGGAAGUGAGACCACUUAGAAGCAAAUUUGGCAGCUGCCCAUUUCUCGGGCCCUUCUCCUCACCCUGAAUAUCAAACUCAGUGCUAUUGUGAGCUUUGAAGACAUGAUGGGGGGGGGGGGCAAUAAAACUGACAUUUGAUUUUCAAUUUUAGUUAUUUAACAUAGAUCUUUUAAUUUUAAAAACCAUUUAAAUAACUACUUCAUGUGCUCACUCAACCUUCCUCCAGGAUGUAAUAGCCUGAUUGAGCUUCCCAUGACCAAGCUAUCAAAUUUUGGAGUCCUUGAAGGGACAGCAAGUUACGCAAGUUGGAGCUGCUGGAUAAACAAUCAACCAGUUGCUUCUGGUGAUCUGUUAGGAUGUGUUAUAUAUGCAGACCCUACCCCCUUCUUACUCAGAUGUGACUCAACAACUCUGAGGCUUGCCACUCAGCUGUUGAGGACACCAGAGCCAGUGCCUUGAAAAUAAAGAAAUUGAUAUUCUGUGCAAAUGAGGUUGACUUUUCAGGACUGGGCCAGCAAAUCAAACUGUAUAUAAUGCACCCCCUUUUUCAUAUGUAUAAUAUAUUUUAUUGAUAAAUGUAUUUUUAACAAUG